UUUCUCAAAGUUGUACAGAUAAUAAUCAUAUACUACAUAUACAUAAGAAUGGACGAUGACGCACCAUUAAAGAGACGACUGAUCGCCAAGGAGACACCGAUGAAGAAGGCUUUCAAGAAGUACUUGGCAUUUGUAGCCACUUUGGAGAAUAGUGCAUCGACGCCAGAGCAGUGCCAGGCAGCACACCAAGCACUGCUAAGUGAGUUGUCGUUGUUUGAGUUCCAGGUACAGAAGGCUACAGUGUUGUGUGAUGUCAACAAGAAGGAGAUGGACUAUUAUAGCACUCUGUACUCUACACGUGGUCAAGACAUUGAGCGGGUCAAGGCUGAGCUGGUCGAACUCAAAGAGCGUCUGGCACACGAAAAGAUACAAAGACAAUACAAAGAGCAAUACUUGGCAUUGUACAAGUUGAUCAAUGACAAGCCAUCAAUACCAGAUACAGAGAGAGAGAUUGCAAAGGUUAAGAAAGAGUUGGAGGCCAUCAUGGAGCAGGGAACAAGAACGAAUGAGAAGUUAGAGAUGCGAACGAAGCAGUUUCAAUUACUGCUUCAUACUGUACAAGAACUGGAACAGAGUCUGGACACUGAUGAUAACAAACCGCUGACACCUAUACAGACAUUGUCAUCGUCGUCACAAGCACAAGCUACAUCAAUAUCGUCAUCAUCAUCAAUUGUGGAGGAUAAGAUGGAGAUC